UAUUUUUUCAAGAAUUUCGCAUUCUUGGCAUUCUUGCUGCGCUCCUCCCAUUACAAAACUUUAUUGAAAACCGUUUGAAAAGAAACAGACACAAUCGAAUUUUGUUUUUGGAAUUCAUCACAAUGAAUUUGUGUAAAUUAAAAGUGGUGAAAAUUUGUAACUUUAAAUCGUACAAAGGACUAUCAAAAAUCACAGAUUUCAAACAAUUUACGGUUAUAAUUGGACCGAAUGGAUGUGGAAAAUCAAAUUUUAUGGAAGCAAUUGCUUUUGGAUUAGGGGAUAAUUGGCAGAAUUUUCGUGUCAAUAGUUUAUUGGAACUUAUUUAUUGUGAUGAAAUGAAUAUACAAAAAAGUUCUUGUUUCGUUGAAUUGUUAUUUCGUUUUGAUGAUGGCGAUGAAAAAGUAUUCAAACGCACCUUGUUAAUCAACAGUCUAGACUGCAAGUUCGAAUUUAAUGGUUCUGAUGUUUCGAGUGACGAUUACAAAGCGGAAUUGAAAUCAAUUGGAAUUCUUGAUUUAGGCAAAAAUUGCCUAGUUUAUCAAGAAGAUAUUCAAUCAAUUACAACUCAAGAUUCAAAAGCAAGAUGUCGAUUGUUUGAACGCAUGAGUGGCUCCAAAAUUCUUGAAAGUGAAUAUAAUGUUGCUAAACGUAAAUACGAGAAAGUGAAGCAGAAGGAAAAAUUUACUUUCGACGAAUUAAAGGAAAUGAAAGCUAAUGUAAAUAUUUUAUCAAAGGAAGAAAAGCAAUUAGCAGAAUAUGAAAAUUUAAAAAAAGAAGAGCGUGAUUUGAAACGAAAUGAACAACUUUUUGUUCUCUAUCAUGAGGAACAUGAUUUAAAAAAAUUGGAAGACACAAUAAUUGAGGAAGAGGAAAAAAGAAAUAAUUUAAGUCAAACAAAAUUGGAAAUGAAGCGCGCUUUAGAUAUUUUAAUUGAAAAUAUUGAAGAUAGUAAAGUUUCAUUAAAUGAAUACGAAAAAGAAAUCCAGGGUAAAGAAAAAUUGGCACAAGAGGAGAGGGAAACUUUACAGCUAAACGAGGAGGAAAUAAAUCUUUUUAGAAAAAAAAUAGAAGAGAUCAAGAAAAACUGUGUUGAUUUCGAAAAAAGGUGCACGAAUCAAAAAGAAAAUAUUCUUGAACUCAAUCGUCAUAAAAAAUUAUUGAUCGAUGAAUUGAAUAAGUUAAAUGAUCUAGUUACACAUAGUCCUCGACAACUCAAUGAAGAACAGUACGAGGAGUAUUUUCAAUUAAAAAAGGAAGCGGUAAAUAAAACAGCAAUUUAUUCAAGUGAAAUUGAAAAGGAAGGAGAAAAACUCGACGGUUAUCGGUAUAGAUUAGAAAAUGAGAUGCGAAAGAAAAAUGAUGUCAAACAAAAAAUUGAUUUUCGUCUAAAUCAAUAUCAGAAUUUACAAGAUAGAAUUAAUAAUAUUAAAGAAAAUUUGAUAAAUGUUAAAGCAUCUCUAGAUGAAAAGGAAAAAUUGCGUGAAAAUUUGACGGAAGAAUUAAAUGCCAGUUCGAGAAGUUCACAAAAUUUGAAAGAGAAAUUAGAAGCAAUUGUUGAACAAUUAGAAACUAUGAAUAUGUCAAAAGAAUACUUGAAGGAAGAAAGGGAAAAAUUUGAUAUUUUAAAUCGAAUGAAAAAUAAUGUCAAUGGAAUUGUAUAUGGACGUUUAAUUGGUUUAUGUAAACCGCGUGAUCCUCGUUACAAAACAGCGUUGGCAAAAAUUUUCCAAAAAAAUGCCCAUGCUAUUGUUACUGAUACAAUGGACACUGUUGAGGAGUGUAUUAACUUUUUGAAAAAUGAAAAUAGCGGUUUCGAAGCAUUCAUUCCACUGGACAGUAUUCGCGUUAAAUCAAGAAAACAAAAAUUUGGAACAAUUGCAAAUGCCAAAUAUGCUUUUGACUUGAUUGACUUUUCCCCUGAAAUUGAACGCGCAGUGAGAUUUGCAACGGAGAAUAUUCUCAUUUGUGAGGACAUUGAAACCGCAAAAAAAUUAUCGAGUAGUGAACAAAAAUUUGCGCACACUUGCGUUUCACUAGAUGGAACAAUGUUUAAAAAUGAUGGAUGCAUAUCAGGUGGAACUAAUAUUGGCAAACUAUCCAAGAGUUUUAAUGCAGAGAAUUAUGAAAAUUUAAAAUUACAAAAGGAACAAGUGAUGAAAGAAUUAAAAGCUUCUUCAAAUGUUGAACUCAAAAACUUUAAAAUAAAGUCACUUGAGACUGAAAUUAAUUCUUUAAGAAUACAAAUUUCAUUUAUUGAGGAUCAAUUAAAAAAAGAAAUCGAAUUUUUGGAAGAAAAGGAAACAGAAUUGAACAAUUUGAAAGAAGAAGACAAAGAAAUAUCGAGCGCAAUAGAAGAAAUAAAAGAUGAGUUGUCGAGCAAAAAAACAGUAAUUAAUACAAAAAGACACAGAAUGCAUGAAAUUGAAGACGAAGUUUUUGCAGAAUUCUGUGAGAAAAUGGGAUUUAAAAAUAUACGAGUAUUUGAAGAAGGCGAUACUAAUUUUGAGGAAAAACAAGAUAUAAUUAAGGAUAUUCAUGAUCAUAUCACUCGAAUAAAUGAAGAAAUAAACAUUGAAAACUCGAGAGAUUAUAAAAAUGAAAUCGAGAAAUGUAAAACAAUCGAAGAAGAAAUGAAGACGAAGUUAAAGGAGAAUAUAAAAGUAAAUGAAAUAGUUAAAGGCAAAUUAAAGGAGAUUGAAAAUGAAAUAAAAAAUAUUCAAAAUGAUGCUGAAAAGUUAAAUGCUGAUAUUCAAGAGAGAUUGAAUAAGAAUCAACAACACAGUCUGUUGAUACGUAAGAAAACGCAGGAAAUUAAAAAAAUGCAGGAAAAUAUUAAGAAAAUGAAAAACGAUAAAUUGAUUAUUAAAAAUGAAAUGAAUGAAAUUCUUAUGGAUUGCCGAUCGAACUUUAUAAAUCUUCCUCUGUUAUCGGGAAAUUUAAAUGAAUAUUUAGAAGAUGACAGUGAAAAUACUAUUGAAAUUGAUUACAGUACUUUGAAGGAUGAAUAUAAAAUCGAGGAAAAUAAAGCACUUGCUAAUAAAGAAUUUGGUGAAAAACUUUAUGAAAUUCGUUGCAAACUUGAAAAUUGUAUUGUUCCAGAUGAAAAGAAUAGUGACAUGUUGAAAGAAACAAAGCAACAGUUAUUAAGGCUAAAAAGAAAAUUCAGUGAAGAAAAGAAGGUAAAUGAAAAAAUUCAUAAGACUUUUGAAGACAUUAAAAUCAGAAGGAGAAAUUUAUUUGAAUCAUUUUUUAAUGAAGUUAAUGGCAAUAUCGAUUCCAUAUACAAGAAUUUGACACAAAGCGAUGCCGCUCAAGCAUUAUUAAUUAUGGAAAAUUCAGAGGAACCUUAUUUAAGUGGUAUAAUUUACAAUUGCAUUGUUCCUGGCAAAAAAUAUAUGUCAGUGGAAGGACUUUCUGGAGGUGAAAAAACAAUGGCAGGCUUCACCUUAAUACUUGCUAUUCAAAAAGCAAAUCCUGCGCCAUUUAUGUUUUUGGAUGAAAUGGAAGCUGCAUUAGAUGUAAAGAAUGUAGAUAAAAUUGCUGAUUAUGUUGAGAAAGAGGAAAAGCAGUUCAUAUUAAUCAGUCAUAAAGCUGAGCUUAGUUCCAAAGCAUCGGCCAUUAUAGGAAUCACAAAAAAAGGCAAAUUUAGCACGGACAGUUGUCUCUUUACUGUUGAUUUACAAAGAUAUCAGGGAUAAAACAGUAACAAAAGAAAUCUCUAAAAAUCAAAAAUUAAAAAUACUAAACUAAAUAACUAUCUAAAUACUUAAUACUUAACUACUAAACUGGAUACACUUUAAAUAAAAAAGAAAAAUUAAUAUAAUCAGUACAAAAAUGUUGCAUAAAAUAUGAUAAAUCUGUUAAAUUCGAAAGGAAGGAAAAAAUUAAACAAAAACUGUU